UAUUAUUUUUUAGGACUCUGCUUCCAUGUGGAAGCCACAUUGAUGAAAUGCGCUUGUGAUCCUGGCGCCAAGGGUGAACGAGGACCUCCUGGACCCCCAGGACCACCUGGUCCUCCAGCUGGCCUAGCAGGCAGUGGCUCUGGGUACUGGGGCAGCGGUUCUGGGUACUAUCCCCCAGCCGGACCUUUUCCACCGAAUCUUCCUAUUGUUCCGGGACCCAGAGGUCUACCUGGUCCACCGGGACCCCCUGGAUAUUGCUUCCCAUGCCCUGCCAUUCCUCCCGUUCGUUCUUUCCCACCACCUGGAGUACCGAUUCCUCCCUUCAUCUCCUCGCAAGCCGUUCCCGGAGGCUUAGGCGCCUCUGCUUUGACUACUGCCGUGGGAAAUAUAAUUGUGAUUCCCGGAGGAGCGGGAACUGGAUUAACAGGUCGUGCCCAGUUUUUCCAUAUCGCCCCAGAUGGCCAGGUGAUGCAGAUCGACCGUCCCCAGAAUCUGCCAAUUGAUUUGUUCGAUUCGCCAGUAAAUGCUCCCGCUGCAGCGCCCAUUCCUCCACCACAACCAACAUCAGCAUCCAUUACGGGGAUCACACCACCGGCCAUUCAAGUGGCACCCACUCAGCCCACUACCGGAGAUCUGGGGUCUCAGCAGCCCACUCUGCUUCCCGAAAAUGUCGAGGAAACCAUAUUUGCGGUCGGUAAUCGCAAGGACUUUUUGCGCGGUGGAUCCGAGGCGAGUGACUGGAGAAGGAUUCUGCUUUUGGGAGAGCGGCCCUCGGACGUCCUUCUGCCACCCAAUGGACCCUCUGUGCAGGCGCACAGUCCCAACCUGGAGAGCAGCGUGGAGAGCUUUCAACGGGCUCUGGUUGAGCUAAAGGAAAAAUACUCCAAUCUUGUCCAGCCUCGAAGUGCCAACCAAUAUGCAGUCUAUAUUUGAGGAAAAGAUUAUAAAUUAGUUGAAUAAUAAUAAACAAAACAGUACUGAUUAUGUCUAAAGGAAAA